CGUCACUGUGAGCGGCGCUCGGUGCUCGAUUAGCUUCGCCUGGGGGAACCAUGGCAGACCAAGAGGAUAAUGUUACCAUUCCCGAGUUCAGCUGCCUUCUGCAAAUGGAUCCGUAUCUGAAAAAGUACGAGAAGGACUUCGAGAGGAGGUAUGAGCUGGCACAAAAGCGGCUCUUCGAGCUGGAGGAGGUGGAGGGAGGCUUUGACCAGUUCACUCGCAGCUACUGGUCCUUUGGUGUGCAGCGGCGCUCUGACAACAGCCUGUUCUUUAAGGAGUGGGCUCCAGCCGCCGAGGCCCUGUUCCUCACUGGAGACUUCAACGGCUGGGACAAAUUCUCCCACCCUUACGCCAAGAAACCAUUCGGCAAGUGGGAACUGAUCCUUCCACCCAACUAUGACAAGUCUCCAGCCGUGGAACACAACACCAAGCUCAAGGUGGUUGUUCACACCACGGAGGGCGAGCGCCUGUACCGUAUCUCGCCGUGGGCAAAAUAUGUGACGAAGGAUCCGAAAUCUGUCAUCUAUGACUGGGUUCACUGGGAUCCGCCUCAGCCUUACAUUCAAAUCCAACCUCGGCCGAAGAAACCCACAAGCCUGAGAAUAUACGAGGCUCACGUGGGUAUCUGUUCAUCAGAGCCAAAAAUCGCCUCGUAUACGGACUUCACAACCGAAGUGCUGCCUCGAAUAAAAGAAUUGGGUUACAAUUGUAUUCAGCUGAUGGCUGUCAUGGAGCAUGCCUACUACGCAAGCUUCGGAUAUCAGAUCACAAGCUUCUUUGCUGCUUCCAGCCGCUACGGUACCCCAGAUGAGCUGAAGCAGCUGAUUGACGUGGCUCAUUCAAUGGGCAUCGUGGUGCUGCUGGACGUGGUGCACAGCCACGCCUCCAAGAACGCGGAGGACGGCCUGAACCGCUUCGACGGCUCCGACUCCUGUUUCUUUCACUCUCCGCCCAGAGGGCGCCACCUGCUCUGGGACAGCCGCCUCUUCAACUACUCCAGCUGGGAAGUGAUGCGGUUCCUGCUAUCAAACCUGCGCUGGUGGAUGGAGGAGUACCGGUUUGACGGCUUCAGAUUUGACGGCGUUAGCUCUAUGCUGUACCAUCACCAUGGUAUCGGUGCAACUUUCUCAGGAGACUACAGUGAAUACUUUGGCCUGCAUGUGGAUGAAGACUCUUUGGUUUAUCUGAUGCUCGCCAAUCACAUCCUUCAUACUCUUUAUCCUGACUGCAUCACUAUUGCAGAGGAAGUUUCAGGGAUGCCUGCUCUCUGCGUGAAAGUGAAACAGGGAGGACUUGGAUUUGAUUAUCGACUCAAUAUGGCAAUUCCUGACAAGUGGAUUCAGAUCUUGAAGGAGUUAAAGGAUGAAGACUGGAACAUGGGCAAUAUUAUUCAUACACUGACCAACAGGCGGUAUGGAGAGAAGUGCAUAUCCUACGCAGAAAGCCACGAUCAGGCUCUGGUCGGUGAUAAGAGCCUGGCCUUCUGGCUGAUGGACAAGGAGAUGUACACCAACAUGAGCAGCCUGCUUCCCAUGUCGCCCGUCAUCGACCGCGGAAUGCAGCUGCACAAAAUGAUCCGCCUCCUCACUCAUGCUCUUGGUGGAGAAGGCUACCUCAACUUCAUGGGAAAUGAGUUUGGCCAUCCUGAGUGGCUGGAUUUCCCUCGAGAGGGUAACAAGCAGAGUUACCACUAUGCCCGUCGGCAGUAUAACCUGUUGGAUAUGGAGCACCUCCGCUACCGUCAGCUGUACUCCUUUGACCGGGACAUGAACCACACCGAAGACAAGUACGGCUGGCUGGCAGCCCCACCUGGCUUUGUCAGCACCAGCCAUGAAGGGGACAAGGUCAUUGUGUUUGACAGGGCACACGUGAUCUUUGUCUUCAACUUCCACCCCAGCAAAAGCUACCAGGACUACAGGGUGGCUGCAGAAGCUCCAGGAAAAUACAAAAUCAAGCUGGAUUCAGACGCCGAUGAGUAUGGAGGACACGGACGGCUCGACCACAACGCGGAGUACUUCACCGAGCCGACGCCCUACAGCGGACGCUCGCACUCGAUGAUGGUCUACAUCCCCUGCAGAACAGCUAUUGUCCUGGCCAACGAGGAGAUAAAUUACUGUUAUUAGAAGAUGAUUGUCUCCACAGAGACUGGGAUUCAGAGUGGAUUCCAAGCUCAAACGGAGUGUUAACAAUCACCUUCAUCUUAAAGUGUCAACCUUGCGCACCAGCCAAACCUACUUUUUUGUGUUUUAGCCUCUUUUUUUUUUCUAAAUGGGAGAGCAGGGGACGAAAAAGGCAUUUUAAGCUUGUGUGCUUUCAAAAACCAUCUGCAACCUGCGUAAGUCCAUUUACUUCAGAUUGGCCCAUUUGGGAGGCGUCCAGCCUCACCAGCAGCUGGAUGCUAAAACCAUUUAUUGGCUCGAUGGCAUUUUGCAUGUCAUCUGAAAUAACAUGGCCAGCAAGUGUGGCAAAGGGAAGAAAAACCUUACAUUCGUUUAGUCAGAUGAAACAGAACCGCAAGGCAAAUAAGAUGGUCGAGAACAUUAGAUAUGUUGGAACGCCGCUGCUUUGGCUCAGUUAAUUUGCAUUCAAUUUAGAAAAAGACAUUUAAACUUUAACCAGCACACAAAAAUCCACAUUUCGUUGUUUUGUUUUUUUUUAAUCACUGGUGAUCUGUUUCUGUUCAAUUGCAUUGUGGGACACAUUUAAGAAUAAAUUUGCACAGAGUAAUGAACUGCAUUGAAUUAUAUUUUUAAUGUUUAUCUGAAAAAGUUUUGUUAUAAAGCUUGAAUAUAUGCAGCUACUGUGAGAAUUUAAGUGGUUAUUAAUGGCUCAGUUAUUAAGUAAGCAAUUUGCUGCUAAAGCGUUGAUAAAAUCACCUAAUUUGAUUUGUUCAGUGUGUUGCAUAAUAAAUGAGCAAUAUUUUUGCUGAAUUACCACAUUUUGCCACUUUGCAUGCUAAAUCACAUUAAAUAGUUUUAUGCCAUGACUUUUUCUAAACUCCUCAAAUUAAAUUCUUCCAGACGAAGUUGACACAGAUGAUCAGCAUAUCCGUCCGUGUGAGAGAAGACGAUAUCACGGGUGUGUCUCACACACUGUACUACUGUAAGAUGCUGUGAUUUGCGUGCAUCGUGCUCAUUAGAUACGGUCGUAUUCCCCUGGGAUCAUUCCAGGAGAAACCGGGGGGAAAAAAAGAAGAAAAAAAAGUCUAAAAUCCCUCAAACUAGAGUGAGUCUCUAUUAAUUAGUUCUCACUCUUGUGACUUUUGUCUCAACACACUUGAAGAUCUCAAAGAGCAGCUGCAAUUCUGUUUUUGGGAGAAGGUUAUUGAUGAGCUAAAAUACACAGAGACAUAUCACUUCUGUCUGGUGACUACUGAACUCAAUAUCAUAAAAUGUGUUUUGCAAAUGUGGUAACUGAUCUUUUUCCAGUUGUAUCUCGUAAAGUCCCACGUUGCUGAAGGAAUCUGUGCCUUUCGGAUAAUUGUAAGCGCCCUCUGUACUCUUUAACAUUGCAACCUGGAAGUAAAAACAAGACAUGAUUUCUUUUUUUUUCAUUUUUUUUUUCUUCCUUCUGUUUUGCAUCCCCAAACAAAAGCAAAUUCUUUGAUUUACUGCCACAGAUACUGUGAUCCACACCUUCUGCAUUACAGCAGAUUGUCAUUUAAACCAUGCAUUGUAGCAUAUGGGAGGUUUUGAUCUGCCUUGCCUGCAGCUGAAGAAAACGCAUUCAUAUGCAAGGCCACCCCUCUGUGUGUAGUCAGAAGAGUCGUGAACAUGUUAUUUCUUCCAUUUAAACGUGCAAAAUAAUUAUAAUAAGAAGAUUUUCUGUACUUAUCAAAUCUCAGAGAUUCUCUGUAGACUUUAUAAGUACAAGACAGUGUGACUGGAUUAGUGUUUAAUCACUCUUCAUCUGACCCAAUGUCAUUGUCACUGUGCCACUGCCACAAUGAAGUGUCUGCAUUUGUUCCAAGUAGAUAUAUUGAUGUCCGAUACACUGUAACUGUUUCAGCAUAUUUCUUUCAUUAUGACUAAUGAUAAUAAAUCAGUGUCUGUCGAGCCACAGGAAUGUGGAUGAA